CCGAAUCGAAUCGAAUCGACGAAGGGCAUCCUCCGGUAAAAAUCACGCGAAACCAUCCUCUGAUUCCCCCUUCCCCUCGUCCCAUCCAGAUCUGUCUAUCAUCGUCGCUCCCUCCACUCUGAAUUCCCCUCCCCUUCUCUCGGUGAAGGUCCUCACCGGCGCCCCCGCUGCCACGGCUCUCUCUCCAAAUCGUCGCCGAUCCGAGAAUCUCCAUUCAACAGCAAGGUCAUGGCAGAAACCAUUGAUCUAACAGGGGAUGGAGGCGUUCUUAAGACGGUGGUCAGAAAAGCAAAAGAUGAUGCUAUAAGCCCAUCUGACAGCCUUCCAUUGGUUGAUGUUCAUUAUGAAGGGACACUUGCUGAAAAUGGCGAAGUUUUUGACACCACACAUGAAGACAAUUCUAUUUUUACAUUUGAAGUUGGCCAGGGAGCUGUCAUUAAAGCAUGGGACAUAGCCUUAAGAACUAUGAAAGUUGGCGAGAUUGCAAAAAUAACAUGCAGGCCGGAAUAUGCGUAUGGAAGUCCAGGCUCGCCACCAGAGAUACCAGCCAAUGCAACACUCAUUUUUGAGGUGGAAUUAGUGGCUUGCAAGCCAAGGAAAGGUUCAAGUCUGGGCAGUGUAUCUGAUGAGAAAGCCAGGCUAGAGGAGCUUAAGAAACAGCGGGAGCUGGCAGCUGCCACCAAAGAGGAAGAGAAGAAGAAGAGGGAGGAGGCAAAGGCCGCGGCAGCGGCUCGUGUGCAAGCCAAACUUGACGCCAAGAAGGGCAAGGGAAAAGGAAAGGGCAAAUAGAUUACUCCCAACUGAUGUAUUAGUAGUUGCAUUUGCUGCUGAGUGCCGACUGUUGUAACCUACUCCCUCCGUCGCAUAAAAGAAAACAUCUUACAUUGUGGGACGAAGUAGUACGGAGUAUAAAUUAAUCUGCACAAAGCAUCAGACUGCGAGAAGAUUGCUUGUUGGCUACUGUGCUUUGGGGGAUGCCGUAUGCUGCCCAGCACCAGCCUUACUGAAAACAUUAAAUAAUCACAGCAAACUUCUCUUGGUUUU